CAAUCACUGAUUGACAACCUCAACCUCCGACGACCAACACAAAGAUGAGCCCUUGGAACCAAACACUCUGUACCGGUACUAUCUAAGAUUGACAACGUCUAAGCUAAGUUUAUACAGUACAGAACGUUCCAAGUAAGACAAUGACAGCAGAGACUUUUCAAAAGAGAACAGCGCUGCUGUUGGUGUUGGUGUUGGUGUUGGUGUUGGUGUUGCAAGUGUCGAGUGCCUUUGUGCUUCCCACACAACAGCAUCCCUCCAUCAGCACAAGUAGCAAUACGUGCCUCGGCAUGAUUGGCAAUCUGUUGGGAAAUGACAACAAGAGCCAACAGCAAGGCGCCAAUUUGCCCCGCGAUGUCAAAGACGCCGUUUCCAAAUGCCGUGCCGCCGUCCAAGAAGCGCUGCAGAACAAGUGUUCUCGCAUGGACGUGGAAAUGCCCGUGGGAGCCAAAUUUGGAGUCGAAAAGACAACCAACAAGUCCAAACGAACAGCAGCACAAGAUGACGGCGCCCCCACACAAUCCAUGUUGGAUCAAUCCGAUCGCGAAUUGGCACGUCUCUUUGUGGAAAUGUUCCAACCGGUCGGAGCGGAAAACAUUGCUGUCAUUUUCAACACGGCCAACUUGGCCGAGUUGGCCAAGAAAAAGUGGAAGAAUGAUUAUGGAGCCGAUUCCCGGGUCUUGGCCAUUGACAAUAAGAAACCUAAAACAAAGAGUGGCAAGAAAAAGAAAAAGUCCAUGGGAUUUGCCGCCAAAUUGGCCAAGGAAGUGGAGGAUGAUGGCAGUAAUAAGAGCAGUGGUGGUCCUUUUGAAUUACCUGGCAACAUUGAAGUGGCGCUCUUUGUCGCACCCGGUCCCAAGGAAUUGAUGCAAGUCGAAAAGGUCUGCACUACCGUAGGAAUGGGAACCUUGGUCGUUCUCUUGAAUGCCAGAUUGUCCAUGCUUCAGCAAGAUCAAUUUGCCUCGGAACAAGCCGAAACACUCUUUACCAAAGAGUUUGAACCCGUCUUUUGCCUCGCGGCAGCACCCCAACAAGAGGCACCGGGAUGUCUGCUCUAUCGAUCCUAUCCGGGACCGUGGGUAUUGGCACGAAAACCAAAGGUGGGUCCCCCCAAACCCAUCUUGACCGCAACACAAAGCGACAAACCCACACCAGAACAAUGUCAAGAGGCGUACGAAUCGUUGGAGUUGGGUGACGUCGAAAAGGGAAUUGAAAAUGUCUUGGAGAAUGUAGCAGGUUGGUUCAACUAACUGACAUGGUCGAAACUCAGUUGAACCAUCAAUAAUACGCUUGCGUGUGCUACCAU